UAGAGAGCUAGAAAAACCCACCUGUUUCCAAUUCUUAUUAAAACAUACAUUCUCAUUCUCUCUCUCUCUCUCUCUCUAUUUCUUCCUUUAUAAAAAAUGGAUAUUGCAGGUUCAGAAUGGAGUAAUGGCUGUGAAUCAGGGUGGACCGUCUACUUAGAAGAAUCAUACAUAGCCAGAACAAAUAAUGUUGAUGAUUACCGCGAUAGUUAUCGAAUGAAUUCGACUCGCAACGAAGAGGAUUUGUCUAUGGUUUCUGAUGCCUCUUCAGGCCCUCCACAUUUUCUCCAUGAUAAUGAUGAUAAUGAACAAUCGUAUAGUCGAAAAUUGUCUAAAAAAAGUGAUAAGAUAUCAAAGAAAUCAAGCAAAGAGCUCAAGAAAGUAGGGAGUCAUCAUCAACAUCAACAUCAACAUCAACAUCAACAAUAUCAUCUUGAUGACACUGCUAGUUCUCCUGCCAUUACCCAUUCUAAGAUAUAUGAUAAUUCCCCUGCUAUGGACUUUUCACAAAACAUGUCAGCAGCCCAUUACCAGGGGACCCCUUCAUAUAACAAUCACUAUGGCGCCUUUUGGCAAUCUUCUCAUAUAAAAGAUGAUACAGAUCAUUCAGCACAACAUGGUCAGUUGAGAGGAAGAAGGUGGGAAUGAGUAAAUGAAAGGGACAAUGAUUAGAAAAUAUGUAAUUUAAUAAACUCCCUAAUUUUUUUUUGUAAUUUAGUUAAAUUUAUUCUCUCAAAGAGAGAUUGAUUAAGAAAUGUUGUAGAAAGUUGUUAAAGAUCUUAAGUAGUAGAUAUUGUUCUGUCUUUUUCCCUUUGGCUUAAUUUCAUUUUAUGAUUAAUUAUUGUGUAUUUUAUUUUAUUUGUCUUUUUUUCAUCUGUUAUUGUCAAGGCAAUGGGAAACAACAUGAC